AUGAAGUUCUUCGAGAACACCUUCAACUACGACUACAGCUUCCCCGCCGUUUCCCUUGCCUUCUUUCUUCGCUAUCCCAACCCCUAUUCUCGCCAUGUGCUCACCUCCGAUGUCAUUGAGCGUUAUGUUGAUCCCAACACCCAGCGCCUGCAUACUACUCGUCUGCAUCUCAAGCGGUCGAAAAUCCCUUCCGCAAUGCUGAAAUUGCUGCCGAAAGGCAUCGGCGGCGCCGACAACUCGGGCCAGAGCAUUAUCCUCGAGUCCAGCGUCGUGGAUGUCAAGGAAGGUUGGAUGGAAACCGAGUCGCGCAAUAUGGAGUGGACUGGAAUCCUAAGUGUGGUGGAGAAGCAAUUGUAUCGACGCUGCCUUCGGUCCGACGAUUUGAGCUCAACUUCACUUCCUUUUUCCUCAGCACUUAGUGUCGACGACAAACGGGAAGAAUGGACGACUGUCAAGACGACUGUGACGUUUAAAUCUCGCCUUGGCCAAUCAAUGCUUGCUCGAUCGAAUAGGUCCGAUGCAGCAAUCGAUUCCGAUGACGAGCCAAAAAGAAGCUUUCUGGCUGCUUGGUCUACAGCAGGCCUUCAGCGGACAAUCGAGUUGAUUGGAGUUAAACGAACGAGGGAUGCUGUUUUGAAGAGUAAACAGGGAAUGAAUAUGGUUUUGGAGCGAUUACGGCACGGCGGGAUCAUUGCCGUGCUUGAUGGGAUGCGACAUGACCAUGAAAAAGCUACUCUCGGCCCUCAGAAUGAUACCCCUUGGCAACGUGUCUGGCUUCGUGGCGUUGCUAAAGAACAACACUCCCACCGGCAUACCGACUUAGAAGACGAUAGCUGA